ACGCUUCCCCUGCUGACGCCCAGCUCCAGGCCUCUCUGCAAGGGACGGGGGCCCCGGCCCCUCAGGGCGGAGGUUGGAGGUUACUGCCAAGCAUGGCGCCCACCUGGGGCCCCGGUGUGCCGUCUGCAGUGGGCCCCGUGGGCCUCGUCCUGGUUCUGCUGGUCGGAGGCUGCGCUGCAGAAGAGCCCCCCAGGUUCAUCAAAGAACCCAAGGACCAGAUCGGUGUGUCGGGCGGUGUGGCCUCCUUCGUGUGCCAGGCCACGGGCGACCCCAGGCCCCGGGUGACUUGGAACAAGAAAGGCAAAAAAGUGAACUCCCAGCGCUUCGAGACCAUCGAGUUUGACGAGAGCUCCGGGGCCGUGCUGAGGAUCCAGCCCCUGCGGACGCCCCGGGAUGAGAAUGUGUACGAGUGUGUGGCCCAGAACUCAGCAGGGGAGAUCACGGUCCACGCCAAGCUCACGGUCCUCCGAGAGGACCAGCUGCCCCCCGGCUUCCCCAACAUCGACAUGGGCCCCCAGCUGAAGGUGGUGGAGCGAACACGCACGGCCACCAUGCUGUGUGCGGCCAGCGGCAACCCCGACCCCGAGAUCACGUGGUUCAAAGACUUCCUGCCCGUGGACCCCAGUGCCAGCAACGGGCGCAUCAAGCAGCUGCGAUCUGAAACCUUUGAGAGUACUCCAAUCCGAGGGGCCCUGCAGAUCGAGAGCAGCGAGGAGACGGAUCAGGGCAAGUACGAGUGUGUGGCCACCAACAGCGCCGGCGUCCGCUACUCCUCACCAGCCAACCUCUACGUGCGAGAGCUUCGAGAAGUCCGCCGCGUGGCCCCCCGCUUCUCCAUCCUACCCAUGAGCCACGAGAUCAUGCCCGGGGGCAACGUGAACAUCACCUGUGUGGCCGUGGGCUCGCCCAUGCCCUACGUCAAGUGGAUGCAGGGCGCCGAGGACCUCACGCCCGAGGAUGACAUGCCCGUGGGCCGCAACGUGCUGGAGCUCACGGACGUCAAGGACUCAGCCAACUACACCUGCGUGGCCAUGUCCAGCCUGGGCGUCAUCGAGGCUGUGGCCCAGAUCACCGUGAAAUCUUUGCCCAAGGCCCCCGGGACGCCCGUGGUGACCGAGAACACAGCCACCAGCAUCACCGUCACGUGGGACUCCGGCAACCCGGACCCGGUGUCCUACUACGUCAUCGAGUACAAGUCCAAGAGCCAAGACGGGCCGUACCAGAUCAAGGAGGACAUCACCACCACGCGCUACAGCAUCGGCGGGCUCAGCCCCAACUCGGAGUAUGAGAUCUGGGUGUCGGCCGUGAACUCCAUCGGCCAGGGGCCCCCCAGCGAGUCCGUGGCCUCCACCAUGAUCGUGCAGUGGGAGGAGCCCGUGGAGCCCAACGGGCUGAUCCGCGGCUACCGCGUGUACUACACCAUGGAGCCCGAGCACCCCGUGGGCAACUGGCAGAAGCACAAUGUGGACGACAGCCUGCUGACCACCGUGGGCAGCCUGCUGGAGGACGAGACCUACACCGUGCGUGUGCUGGCCUUCACAUCCGUGGGCGACGGGCCGCUCUCGGACCCCAUCCAGGUCAAGACGCAGCAAGGAGUGCCCGGCCAGCCCAUGAACCUGCGGGCCGAGGCCAAGUCAGAGACCAGCAUCCGGCUGUCGUGGAGCCCCCCGCGGCAGGAGAGCGUCAUCAAGUACGAGCUGCUGUUCCGCGAAGGCGACCGGGGCCGCACGCUGCAGUCCAAACCGUCAGCCCCCCCUCAAGACGUUAAAUGUACCAGCAUGCGCUCUACGGCCAUUCUGGUAAGUUGGCGCCCGCCGCCGCCGGACACGCACAACGGGGCCCUAGUGGGCUACAGCGUCCGCUACCGACCGCUGGGCUCAGACGACCCGGAACCCAAGGAGGUGAAUGGCAUCCCCCCGACCACCACUCAGAUCCUCCUGGAAGCCCUGGAGAAGUGGACUGAAUACCGUAUCACUGCUGUCGCGCACACAGAGGUGGGGCCAGGGCCCGAGAGCUCGCCCGUGGUCGUCCGCACCGAGGAGGACGGUAAGCACCUCCUGGCCGGGACCCUGCGGACCUCAGCCCGCCUUCCGCCAGGAAAAUCGGGCUGGAGGCCACGAGGCGGGAGCCACCACCUUCCCCGGACAGCGCCCACUUGGCGCUUUGAAUUUGGAACCGGUGCUUUCUUUAGACGUGGCCGCCCUUGUCCCCGCGGCAUCCUGUCCCCAGAGCUGUGUGCCUGGAGGCUCAGCUGGCCAGAAAUGGUCAUCACAAACCUUGAGCCUGAGACCGCGUACUCCAUCACAGUAGCUGCCUAUACUAUGAAAGGCGAUGGCGCUCGCAGCAAACCCAAGGUGGUGGUGACCAAGGGAGCAGUGCUGGGCCGCCCCACCCUCACGGUGCAGCAGACCUCGGAGGGCAGCCUCCUGGCGCGCUGGGAGCCGCCGCCCGGCGUCCCCGCCGAGGACCAGGUGCUGGGCUACCGCCUGCAGUUCGGCCGCGAGGACGCGACGCCGCUGGCCACACUGGAGUUCCCGGCCUCCGAGGACCACUACACGGCGGCGGGCGUGCACAAGGGGGCCACCUACGUGUUCCGGCUGGCAGCGCGCAGCCGGGGCGGCCUGGGCGAGGAGGCGGCCGAGGUCCUGAGCAUCCCCGAGGACGCGCCGCGAGGCCACCCGCAGAUCCUGGAGGCGGCCGGCAACGCCUCGGCGGGCACCGUCCUGCUCCGCUGGCUGCCGCCCGGGCCCGCCGAGCGCAACGGGGUCAUCGUCAAGUACACGGUGGCCGUGCGGGAGGCCGGCGCCUUAGGGCCCCCCCGAGAGACAGAGCUGCCCGCGGCGGCCGAGCCUGGGGCGGAGAACACGCUCACGCUGCGAGGCCUCAAGCCCGACGUGGCCUAUGAUCUGCAAGUGCGAGCCCACACGCGCCGGGGCCCCGGCCCCUACAGCCCCCCUGUCCGCUACCGCACGUUCCUGCGGGACCAAGUCUCGCCCAAGAACUUCAAGGUGAAGAUGAUCAUGAAGACCUCAGUGCUGCUCAGCUGGGAGUUCCCUGAUAACUAUAACUCACCCACACCCUACAAGAUCCAGUACAACGGGCUGACCCUGGACGUGGAUGGCCGCACCACCAAACGGCUCAUCACACACCUCAAGCCGCACACCUUCUACAACUUUGUGCUGACCAACCGCGGCAGCAGCCUAGGUGGCCUCCAGCAGACGGUCACUGCCUGGACGGCCUUCAACAUGCUCAGCGGCAAGCCUGGUGUCUCCCCCAAACCUGACCCCGACGGCUACAUCGUGGUGUACCUGCCCGACGGCCAGAGUCCCGUGCCUGUGCAAAACUACUUCAUUGUGAUGGUGCCACUGCGCAGGUCUCGCGGAGGCCAGUUCCUCCCACCACUGGGCAGCCCCGAGGACAUGGAUCUGGAGGAGCUCAUUCAGGACAUCUCGAGGCUGCAGAGGAGGAGCCUGCGGCAUUCGCGCCAGCUGGAGGUGCCGCGUCCCUACAUCGCCGCCCGCUUCUCCGCGCUGCCCCAAGUGUUCCAUCCUGGGGACCAGAAGCAAUACGGUGGUUUUGACAACCGGGGCCUGGAGCCUGGCCACCGAUACGUCCUCUUUGUGCUCGCCGUGCUACAGAAGAGUGAGCCUACGUUCGCGGCCAGUCCCUUCUCAGACCCCUUCCAGCUGGACAACCCCGACCCCCAGCCCAUCGUGGACGGCGAGGAGGGGCUCAUCUGGGUGAUCGGGCCGGUGCUGGCUGUGGUCUUCAUCAUCUGCAUCGUCAUCGCCAUCCUGCUGUACAAGAACAAACCUGACAGCAAACGCAAGGACUCUGAGCCCCGCACCAAAUGCCUGCUAAACAACGCCGACCUCGCGCCCCACCACCCCAAGGACCCUGUGGAAAUGAGGCGCAUUAACUUCCAGACCCCAGACCUGGGCCUCAGCAGCCCCCUCAGGGAGCCGGGGUUUCACUCGGAAAGCAUGCUCAGCCACCCGCCCAUACCCAUUGCGGACAUGGCAGAACACACGGAGCGCCUCAAAGCCAACGACAGCCUCAAGCUGUCCCAGGAGUACGAGUCCAUCGACCCGGGGCAGCAGUUCACGUGGGAGCAUUCCAACCUGGAGGUGAACAAGCCCAAAAACCGCUACGCCAACGUCAUCGCCUACGACCACUCUCGCGUCAUCCUCCAGCCCAUCGAAGGCAUCAUGGGCAGCGAUUACAUCAAUGCCAACUAUGUGGACGGCUACCGGCGGCAGAAUGCGUACAUCGCCACGCAGGGGCCCCUGCCCGAGACUUUCGGGGACUUCUGGCGGAUGGUGUGGGAACAGCGGUCAGCCACCAUUGUCAUGAUGACGCGGCUGGAGGAGAAGUCACGGAUCAAGUGUGACCAGUACUGGCCCAACCGGGGCACGGAGACCUACGGCUUCAUCCAGGUCACCCUGCUGGACACCAUCGAGCUGGCCACCUUCUGCGUGAGGACCUUCUCCUUGCACAAGAACGGCUCCAGCGAGAAGCGUGAGGUCCGCCAGUUCCAGUUCACGGCGUGGCCGGACCACGGCGUCCCCGAGUACCCGACGCCCUUCCUGGCCUUCCUGCGCCGCGUGAAGACCUGCAACCCUCCGGACGCGGGCCCCGUCGUGCCUCUCCCACAGCGGCUGGCCAACUCCAAGGCGCACACGUCGCGCUUCGUCAGCGCCAACCUGCCCUGCAACAAGUUCAAGAACCGCCUGGUGAACAUCAUGCCCUACGAGAGCACCCGUGUGUGCUUGCAGCCCAUCCGGGGCGUGGAGGGCUCCGACUACAUCAACGCCAGCUUCAUCGACGGCUACAGGCAGCAGAAGGCCUACAUCGCCACCCAGGGGCCGCUGGCGGAGACCACGGAGGACUUCUGGCGCAUGCUGUGGGAAAACAACUCCACCAUUGUUGUGAUGCUGACCAGGCUGCGGGAGAUGGGCCGGGAGAAGUGUCACCAGUACUGGCCGGCUGAGCGCUCUGCCCGCUACCAGUACUUUGUGGUGGACCCGAUGGCGGAGUACAACAUGCCCCAGUACAUCCUCCGCGAGUUCAAGGUCACGGACGCCCGGGUGAGUGAGGCUGGGGCGGGGCCGGGCCGGGCCACGUGUGAUGACGAGCCGUUCAUCACUCUGAGCAUCGUGCUAGAGCGCAUGCGCUACGAGGGCGUGGUUGACAUCUUCCAGACGGUGAAGAUGCUGCGCACCCAGCGGCCGGCCAUGGUGCAGACGGAGGACGAGUACCAGUUCUGCUACCAGGCGUCGCUGGAGUACCUCGGCAGCUUUGACCACUAUGCAACAUAAGCCAUGAGGUCCCUGGCCCAGGCGUCUCCAUGCAGCUGUGCCAGGGGGACCCCAGCAGACCGGGCACGCGGCGGCGGCGGCGGCGGCGGGA